CUGAAGGGGCAGCGGCAAUGCUGGCUCUGAGCUAACUCGGACAAUAUUUCAGGAGAAAAGUGUAAAGACAAAUUCAGUGGCGCUGGAGCAGAAGAUGACGCUUUGGUUAAAUGCAUUUCCGAAUCUACCUGGGCUUCGUUGUUGCUGGGAGUUGCCAUGUGACGCGAGGCGGGGUCGAUUAGGACAGGAUGAGCGGGCGAAGAUGUAGUUGGGACGAAACGAAGGCAGAGCGACUUCCCGGCUUCGUUGUGGGCUGGAACCUGCGCUGCCGCAGCCGCCGCCUCUGCUGCCCGUCGGCGCCCAAAGCGUCAGCUGCGAACUGCCUCCGGGGGGCUCCACGCCCACGCCCACGCCUGCGCUCGCGCUCGCGCCCUCGCUCACGCCCGCACCGCCCAGGACAUCACCGAAACCUGUCUACGCGAAACUUAGUCUUAAUGAUUGCUUUCUUCGUGAUUGUAAUAACUACUUGUGCAAGGAAGAAAUUAUGUGUGUCAACAUCAAUUUUUACGAGU